UUGGUUGCUUAGAAACGACGCAACCGGGUUUGGUUGACUGCGGACAGAGGAUCAUCACGUUUUUAAUACCGCGUAGGGCCUUACUUAAAGGGAGAAAAAACGGAGGCAAAAUAAUGGACGUUACAGACCUAGCUAUGCAUCACACUUCAAAUAUUCCUGGUCUAGGAGACUUUUCCAGCCCUACAAAUGAAGACAAAUAUGGUAAAAAUCGAAAAUGGAUUCGAGAGACCGAUUCUGAUUAUGUUAAGCUUGCUAAACAGGGAGGUCAUAAAGGCCUACUUAGUUUUGAAGAUGAAAGACCAGACCCAACAUCUUCUGAAAGCGAUGGGAAGGACGAAGACCCUGCUUGGUUAAAAAAUGCACCUGCCAUUGAAGACCUCAAAAAGGCAUCUUCCUGGGCAACUCCUGAUUAUAUGCAUCAUAUGGAAUUUCAGAAGAGCAAAGAUACUGGAGAUUCUCAUUCUCUUCAUGCACCAUUUGGAACAGAUAAUAAUGCAUCCUGGGAAAGAAAGAAAGAUGACUGGAUCAUGGAUGUUGGUAUGCUUAGACGUCCAGAAUUUGGGCGACGGCAGCCACAAGCUUUGAAUGCUUCAACUUGUACUCAUGAGGAAGGUUUACCUGUUCAGGUGGAUCAGCAAGAGGCAAUGCAAGUGAAAAGUUUUAAUCGAAAAAAGAAUGAAUCCACUAGCAUGCAGAAGCUGCUGAGUUUUGGAUAUGUUGACAAUAAGAAUGUAGGAGGAAAUGACGAAGAAAAAGAGGAUUAUGACACAGAAACUAACUUUCCUAAUCAGCAGGAAGAGUUCUCCACAGAGAAUGCAAGUUCUGUGUGCAAAAAGAGUACUAGACAAACUGGCCUUAGAGGAAGUAUGAAUAAAAAUGGUUUAGACACCCAUGAUACACAUUUUAACAUUUUUGGUCAACACAGAUACAAGAAUAUUUCAUCAACUGUAGAAAACAUGCAGUCAAAGAUCGCCCUCUUUUGAAUUUCUGCAGUUGUAGAAAAGUGGAGGAUAACCUGUGAAAAUGCAACUUACUUGACCACUGCAGUUCAGCUCUGAUCCAUCCACUCCAAUGCUGCUGGGCUUCCUACUGCAAAUUAGUAACAUUGUUUAAAAUACGAGAGGAUGGCAUUUUGUUGCAGUUAUUUAAUUUAAAGGUAGUGCUUAGAACAUGCAUAUGUUACUCAAGAACUCGGUGCAUUGACCCAUACAGUCCAUUGUGACAGAGAACUUUCAUUUUAUUCUGCAGGAGUUAAGCCUUAGGAUGAUUACAUAAGGAAAAGAUUUUCCAAACUGUCUGCAGUCCUGUUCCAUGUCUGAAGCUGCACGUGUAGUACAGUAUUACAUUUGUUGUAUAGCUUGAUUGAUCCACUGAGCAGUGAGAGUUGCAGGUAGUUUCAAGCAAAUUAUAUUUCUUUAACUCAUUCUACACUAUUGGUCUUACAUUUUGCAGCACAUUGAUAGGCUUACUAGAUGCAUGUGGCAGGAUAAUGCUGAUCUGCCUGAGAAUCAUAUUUGUUUAGUGAUGCCUGGUCAGUUGGAAAAUUAAGAAUUUGUAGUAGUUAACCAUGAAAAAGAAGUUCUUACAUAACUUAUAUAUCUUUAAGAAUUCCUUAUCUACCUAUAUUUAACAGUUAUGAUAUUCAUCAUUACACCACUGCUGCAGUAGCCUAUGCUAUAUGUGCAAGGGAGAAAACCAGCUGUCUGAGCACCAAGUCAUUCCGAGCUUUCCUGAUGCAGAAGAGUGAUCAUCUUGCAGCAUUUUUGAGGAUUGAUGGUUGGCUGGCAUAUCUGUUUUGCACGGUAGACAAGUUCUGUUCAGGAAAAAACUAAAGUUUUUUUUUUCUGAGAAAAAAAUGUACUUCUGUGAAAUAGCUGUUUAGUUAUUGCUAAGUUUUGCUAGUUCUGGGAUUGCCACUUAACAUUCCUGCCAGUUGAACUAAUGUUUUAAUUUACUGGUUUAAGCGUAAACUUUUAAUUUUAACAAGUAUGCUUUACUUUUCAUUAAUAAUAAUUUUAUAAAUUAUUUUUAGUUUUUAGUGCCGGAGCAUAUUUGUAUUGUGUUUGCCACUGUGUAAGUUUUGAGAAGACUAUUUUUGGCACUUUUCUUUUACAGUCUAUUGCUGACAUUAUUUACUGCAUUUCAAACUUCUUUCUUGGCUUAGCCAUGGAACAGCUUACCUAUUCCUCUGUUCUUAAUUCCACUGGACUUUGCCAGUUCAGCAGGCUGCUUUCUUGCCUCAGCUGCAGAUGGGUGACCCUGCUGCGGCAGGCCAUUUCAGGAUUCUCAGACCACUUAUCUUUUUCCCUGGUUUCCUCUGAUGUAGUCCCUUCAGCCACCAUGGACUGGGGAGUACACGUGUUCUGCAGCUGUUGGAGUGCCCUCUAUGGGCAUGGGAGCAGGGAAUGUUUUUCUAAUUAUACAGAAUAAAUAUGCCAGUUUCCUAGGUUGAUGUACCUGACAUAAGAUGCUCUUCUUCUAUGGAUAUCCCUUGUAAAAAGAGGUAGAAAGUUAAAUGUUUAUCUUCCUCUGUCUCUGCUACCCUAGGUAGGGAUGAUUUAUUGUGUUUAGCUCAGGGCUUAGUUCAGGUUUUUAACCCUUGACGUAGUUCUACUUGUAAGAGAAAAAAAAAUGCUGUUUCUGAAGAUUCCCAGUGUGAAGACUAGGAAUGGAAUUGGAGGGAGCAAAUUACAUUUUUCUCCUCUGGCAACAGAACCUGUUUAUGAGGUGAGUUUUUCUUCUGAUAUUCCCUAUGAAGUAUUUUCUUUUUCUGAAACCAUCCCUAGAAUGAGUACAAAAAAGACAAUCCAGUUUCUUUGAAAAAAUAUGAUUUAUUACAACUAGAAUUUCCUCAGCCUAUUGCUGUUUCUCCUAGUUUAUCAGCUUUGGAGAAUGUUUGUAUUACAGCUAGCAACAUGCUUGGCAGACUGUCUGCAGCCACUAAGAUGGCAGAUAGACUGUAUUAGGUACCUCAGUCUUACAAAUAUUUAUUUUGCAAUCCCGGAUCUGAACCUGCAAUGGCUUCCUUGUCAAAUUCUUCUGCAGCUAAACAUUUAGUGAAUGCUAAUCCCUGUCCAGUAUCACUCUCUCUAACAAGGAUGGGAAAGUGACAGAUUUGGGAAUUGGAUGCAUUCUGCUGCUGCUAUUUCCAGAAUUCAUAAUUGUCAAACUCACAUCAAAAUCUUUGCUUGCUGCUUUUGAGAAUAUGAAAAACAUAACUGCCACCUUUCCUUCAUCUCUGGGUAAAUCUCUUAAUGCUCAUAUUACUUUUUUGUCUCAACUAAUCAAACAUUCUUUGAAAUGUUCUUAUGGUUUAUCUGGUGCCUGUUCCAGUGCCUUUCUUCUCCAAGUUUGUUAAAGGUUUUAUCCCUAAUUCAGGAUCUUUUUAUAAAAAAAGCAAAAUAAUCAGUCUGAGCAGUCGUUCAAAAAGCAAUGGGUUUGAGGCUCUAAAAAGGAGCCCCCCCGAAACAAGAACAGUCCAACAAAUUGGAAUAACUAUCUACAAAAUGUAUUUGCUCAUCCACCCCCACUCUGGCACACCCUUUAAUUCCUUCCCAAAAUCUGCUUCUCCAUUUCUCUCUUUGGCAACAGUUAAUCCCAGACAAACUGGUUCUCAGAGUUAUCCAUCAGUGUGCAUAUGGCAGUUGGAGUCAAUACAUUCUUUUCAGGGGAUUCUUCCUCAUCCACCAGAUCAAACUUUAUUUCUGCCUGUUACUCAUUAUCUCCUGUCUCAAGGAGUAAUAGAACUUGACACCCAUUUCAGAGGGAAAGGGUUUUAUUCAAGAAUGUUUCUGGUACCAAAGAAAGAAGCUUCAUGGAGACCAGUCCUAGACCUUUCCUUUCUCAACCAGUUUGUGAAAGUGUCAAACCUCAAGAUGCUAUCCAUUCACACCCGGCUACCUGUCCUCCUCUUUUUCAGUUUUCUGGUAACUCUAUUGUUAAAAGGAUGCUUAUCAUCAAAUUCCAAUUUAAGUGUUUAAGUGUUUCUGUAUCUGAAUUAUACUUUCAGUUGUCCACAUUUCCCUUGGGGUUAUCCACUGCUCCUGGGGUGUUCACAAAGUGUCUAGCUCUAGUGAUAGCCUAUUGCAGGCUGCAAGGUACUCCUACUCUUCCUUAUUUAGAUGACUUCCUUAUUUUUGCGGAGUCAUUUUCAAAGUGUCAGAAAUCUCUCACAUGGGUAAGAGAUUUUCUUUGCAGAUUGUGUAUCCACGAGGAAAUUUUAAAAUUUUGCCUAAUUCCAUUCCAUAAAAUAAUAUUCCUGUGAUAUCUCUUGGAUGCAUCCAUUCAAAGAGCUUUUCUCCCUCAUCAAAAAUUUGAUCUCUAUCUAGAUCUUUUCCUGAGAUUUUCCAUUCAGUCAAGGUCUUUGGCAAGGAAAUUCCCCAGGAUUUUAGCAUUCAUGACAUCUGUGAUGCUCCUGAUUCCCCUAGCCAGACACUACAUGAGAGAGAUCCAGUGGUACCUAAAAUCUGUGUAGUCCGAACAUCAGUAAUCCUUGACUUUUCAAAUUACAAUUUUGGGAGUUUUUAAAAGGGAACAGCUUUGGUGGAGAGGCCAGUUCUAUCUGAAACCAGGUAUCCCAUUCUUCCUUCUAGUCACAACAAAUAACUGGAAAAGUUCAGCUCUCGGGCUCCUUGCAAGCAGGCCUGGAAAACAGAUGCAUUCUCAUAUCCUUGAAUGGGAGUGUUCCUGUAUGCAUUUCCAUUGCUGUCCAGGGUCAUUGUGAAGAUUCAGGACUGCUCUUCAAAGAUCAUUGUGGUUGACUCCCUUUUUGCCCAGGUAGAAGUGGUUCCAUCUGUGUUUUGGUCUGUAGGAGAUUACUAGGCUAACAGCAAAAGAGCUCUUGCAGGCUUAGCCAUUAUUACCCAAAUUUUACCCAAUGUUUGAUUCCUAAGGGCUAGAGGAUGGCUUAGGUUUGUGCCUGUGCCUUUGAGACCAAGGGCAGGUGCCACAACCUUUCUCCCAGACUGGACCUUCUCACAUAAGACAGGGGUUGUUUGAUACAUCCCAGCUUGAAGCAACUUCAUCUGAGUGUCUGGAUAAUAGAAUUUUAAUAGCUUCUAGGCCCUUUUCUGACUAGAUGCAUCAGGUGUUCUAGCCCUCACAAAUAACUGCUCCCAUCUCCUCCCGACCUCUCACCCCCAGCUCAGAAUGACAAAUACUUUUCCCUACAAUCAGCCCCAACAAAAAAUAUAAAAAAACCUUAAUAAACUCAAACUUACAACCCUUGCAGCGGAUAAAAACUACCUGCUGAAUUCCUCAGAAUUGCAGCCGAAGCCAUUACAUAUCCAAUCUCUGUACUAAUCAACUGGUCCAUUUCUGAACAUCAUAUCCCUGUUGUCUGGAAAAUAUCUCCAAUAAAAGGAUAGAACUCUACAGCACUAUCAAACUACCACCCUUUUGCCAUUUUAUCACCUUUAUCAAAAAUCUGUGAAAGAUGCAUACAUUCAUAAAUUCUAAACUAUCUCUUAGAUAAGCUUCUGGCUAAUAUCAAGCAUGGUUUUCGCCCUAAUCGCAGCAUGACCACAGCCCUUAGAAGCUUUACUGUUCUGUUCUUUUUUUGGCUUUUCCUGGUUAGGGGUCGCCACAGCGGAACUCCAGUCUGCUAAUGAUUGGCAGUAGAUUUUUACGAUGCCAAGGUGUCAGCUCGACACCAACCUUCAAUGAAGGCACGCCCAUUCUACGCAUGUCUUUCAAAUGCCACUCGACCACGGGGAGGACAUGUAGACUCCACACAGAAGGCGCUCCAGCUGAGAAUCAAACGGGAGAACCUGUUGCUGUGAGGCAACAACGCUACCGCUGCACCACCACGGCUUCACCCUUAUCAGUUUUACUAAUACCAUUAAUCUGCACUGAAAUGAAGGCAACAUUAUUUCUUCUGUCCUUCUGGAUCUAAGGCUUUUGAUACUGUCUCACAUAAUAAACUCUUAACUGCACUUUCAGAACUUAAUCUAAGCUUCUCCACACUUGCAUGAUUCCAGGACUGUUUAUCAGGUGGCAGUCAGGCAGUAAAGUGGCAGUACCCUAUUCUCCUUCUGCCUGUGGUCCGCGUCUCACCAUAUUUACCAACAACCUUCACACUGCCACCUUACAUUCUAACUUAGUUCACUACAUGGAUGAUUCAAGCCUAAUCUGUUCUGCCCCAUCACUCCAGCAACUUCAAAAAAAUAACAUUAGAAUCCUUUACUGUAGUGGAAUUCUGGCUAUCCAAUGCACAGCUCUUACUUAACCCAAAAAAAAACUAAGCUGAUGAUGUUUCAUCCCACAAAAGCCAUAUAUCCCACCCCCAUUCAUAAUUACUUCAAGUAACAAUACCUACAUUACACCAGUCACCCAAACCAAACUUCUAGGUGUUAUAGAUAAAAACAUGAAGUUCAACUUGCACAUUGCCCAAGUAAUAAAAAAGUACACCAAAAAACUCGGGAGGCCUAUACAGGUGUAAAAAUACAUUACCAGUAGUGCUAAGAUCACUAUUGCAAGAACUCACCUAGUCUCCACCUUAAUCUAUACAUCCCCCAUUUUCGCUAACCUUAACAAUUCAGACUUAAUCAUACUAAAUACCUGUUAUAACAAAAUAGCAAAAUUCGCAACAGAUUCAGCUUAUCGGACUCAUCACUGCCAAGCCCUUAAACUACUGUUUUGGUUAGAACUACCCAGUCUGGUCACCCUUAACCAACUUACAGCGGCCCAUCAGAUACUUUACCAGCCUGAAAAAAACAGCAGCCCUACAAAACCACUACUCAAACGAUUACUAAGGUCCAGUAAACAAAUCACUAAUUAGCAUAACCAGAAGUAAGAACAAUGCUGGUGAAUCCCUGUAUUUCAGCAACAUUGCAAAAACCUGGACCACUAUGCCUCUUAACAUAAGGUCCACAGCCAACAAAAUCACCUUUAAAAACCUUCUCAAAGACCAUUUAGGUAAUUCAUGGAUUUGUACAUGUCCUGACCCAGGUUAAGGAGUCUAAUACCAUAUUCCACUGUACAUGUGUGUCACCCUGUCACUGCAACUGUUAAUUCAAGUUUUUCAUGUAAGAGCCUAGCCUAGUCUUAUCGACAUCUAAACGUAUUCUAGUACACUUGUGUCAACAAUGUUUUUAAUGUUCAAACAAAGCAAGGCAAGCUGACUGCAAAGUUGUACCACACCACCAAUGAAACGUAAUAGAAAAAAGCAAGGCACAACACCACAGCACUCCGUUUUCAAAUAAACACUUCUAGUAGAUAAAAAAACUUGCUUUAAUAACAAUACUGGUAAGUGCUUUCAUUAUACUGGAUCGCUUCAGACCAUGCAAACAAACAAGAAAAACAUAUGAAUUUAAAAAGCCAUCAAUUAAGCAUCAACCAUUAAGUGCAUUGAAUGCAAAGAAUUAAAGACAUAUAGCAAUGUUAUAGAAAUUAUCUAGCAAGCUUCCUGUCCUUCAAAACAGGCUUUAAAGGGACUGUUUCAUUUAAACCAGCUCCUUUAUGUGCAGAUAACUGUAAGAUCCACCUAAGUUCUUUACCUUCAGUUAUAUGCUAUGUGGCUUUAAUUCUUUGCAUUCAAUGUACUUAAUGUAGCUUUUUUAUUGGUUGAUGCUUAAUUGAUGGCUUUUUAAAUUCAUAGGUUUUUCCUGUUUGUGUGGUCUGAAGAAGCAGUCCAGUAUCGUGAAAGCACUUACCAGUAUUGUUACUAAAGCAAGUCAUUUUAUCUACUACGACUGCAAUGUUUUUAUUGUGAUAAGCACGCUGCCUUCUCUGUUUUUUCCUUCCAGGAAAUGGUACUCCUGUUAUGUGCUUAUGACCAUUUCUUUUGUAUUAAGUUGAGAUGUUAAUUUUCAUUUGAAUUGCAUUAUGUUUAGCUCCUGUCCUGAGCUGCUUACAGCAUGCAUGUCAGUGGUUUUGUACCCUCAUAAAUUGUAUCUCAAUGGUUUUCUACCACCUAAAGUUGAGCUUCUUUUUCCAUAAUAUUGUUACUUCUGUCUUGCUUUUAUAUACUAUUAUUAGUCAUGCUGGAGCUUUUCUCCCCGGGCCUCUGUUGAAAAAGGGCAGCCUGUCCAGUCGGACUCUCCUGAUAAACAAAUGCAAAAUAAAAUAAAUAAAUAAAAUAAGUAUUAAAGGAGGCAAAGAAACCUGCUACUAAGAAAUUGUAUAUUAGGAGAUGGAAAAUAUUUUGUAGUUGGUGCCACACUAAGACCCAAGACCCGUUGAGACUGAUAUUUCUCUGGUUCUACAAUGUUUGUGAGAGUUAUUAUCCUCUGGCCUUUUUUAUUUCUCUGUCAAGGUUAAUCUUUUCACCAUGUCAUCAUCUCUGCCCAUGGAUCCCUAUCAUUCACGGCACUCUCAUGUCAAGCUGUUUUUGAAGGGGGUUUUGCAUACUCAACCACCUUGAAAGCAUAUGGGUCCUCCUUGGGAUUUUAAAUUUGUUUUGGAAAAAUUAACAUUUGCUCUGUUUAAACUAACUCAUCCAGCUGGUUUGAGUUUCUUAAUAUGGAAAGCAGUGUUUCUUGUUUCUGUGAUAUCUAAAAGAAGAGUGUCUGAGUAAAAAGCUGUAAUGGUAGUUUAACCUCAUUUCCUUUUCCACAAAGAUAGUUUCUUUGAGAACGAAUCAUUUGUUUAGGCCUAAAGUAGUAUCCAACUUUACUUUGAGCCAAGUUAUUCAUCUCCCUGUCUUCUUUCUAGAAUCUAAAAAAUGUGGGAAAAAGGAUUCUUCAUACUCAGGAUGUCUACAGACAGCAAAUAGGUUAUCUUGACAAAAACAAAACCUUCAGAAAUUAUGGACAGUUCUUCUUUUCUUACAAAGGUAAAUAAAAAGGACAACCACUAGCAAAGCAGACAGUUUCUAAAUAGUUGCCCAUGCAGUUUUCUUCUGGUAUUCCCACCGUAAUAAGUCAAUUCCAGACAGGCUUGGCACAUUGUUAGGGCCUUCAGUUUUUCAAUGGCUUUUUGGAAGGGUGUGGACUCUAGAAGUAUUCUAGAGGAGCAAUUUGGUCCUGCAUGCACACUUUCACAAAGCACUAAAAAGUUAUCUCCUUUUCCAGGUCUAGAACAUGCUUUGCUAGAACUAUUUUCUAGUGAUUACUGGAUAAUCAUCCUUCCUCCUGCUAAACUUUCUUUUUGGUAUUCUACCAAUAUAGCUUAGGAUACUGCAGUAGUGAUGUAAUGAUAAACAUAGUACACUUGUAAGUAAACUUACCACAACAGUAGAUGUUUGAAUAGAUCAUUGCUGCAGUAGCCGCUCCCUCCAUCUGCCCCCCUUAUUUUUUCUAUGAUUUUGUUUGCCAGGGUGAGGAUAUUGAUCUUUAUUUACCUAGCAUUGAGUUGUUAAAGCCAUGUAGCCUCCCUUCUUCAGUUGGCAUGAAAUUUAUGAAUUGCUGAUUUUCUCCAUUGUCUGCUAGAGCCAUCAGUGGUCUGGGUGCAUGGAAGGCACCCUAAAGCUUUGAAAGCUGCCUGACCAUUGUAUCCUUUGCAGGAUGUAACCCAUAUCUUAGGCUACUGCAGUAGUGAUUUAUUCAAACAUCUGCUGUUAUGGCAAGUUUAUUUAUGUGACUGUACUUUGAUUCUCCUGGAAUGAAGCACACCAGAGUGCUUGGGUAUUUGACAGUAAGUUUUGAAGAAAUUCAGAGGAUGUGGCUUCAUGUCAGUGCUCUUGCAUUCUAAGGUAAGAUUAAUAUUUCUGCCUGAAGACAGCAGAUAACUUUGAAAUAUUCACUUCAGUGUCUGUUAGGCUUAUUGAUUAUUGUUAAAAAAACUGUUAUUGAGCAGUCAUUAAAGAAAUGUAUUAGCACAUCUA